AAUUCCCUUUUAGCUUUUAGUUGCAUAUUUAAUUAGAAACUGAGAAAAUGAGAGAAUAAUUAAUCGUGAUUUGAUAACAAUGAAUUCUGCUUAUAUAGCAUUGGACAGUAAGAAGAAACGUUGGAAGUUACGAGAUUUAAUUUUGAACUUAAUAGCAUGUAUUAAUGGCAGUUUUUCAGUUUGGACCUACCGUUAAUUACCACUUUAUUUAGUCAUCCAAGCUCUAUUCUCUUUGAUUCAUCAAUACAAACACAAAUAAGCACUUUGUUGAUAGCCACUACUAUGACGACCAAAGUUACAGUCAUCUCCGUAGAGAACGUUAAACCAUCUUCACCAACUCCUCACCAUUUGAGAACCCAUAAGCUGUCUUUUCUAGAUCAACUGCAUCCUACUAUCUUCAGCUUUGUUUCCCUUUGUUAUCUGAAAGACGACUCCAGCGGCCAAGCUAAAGCUGCGGAGGCACUAAACAAGUUGAAAGAAUCCCUGUCAAAGGCGUUAACUCCCUUCUACCCCCUCGCUGGAAGAAUCCAAGAUGACCAGCUCUCCAUUGACUGCAACGACGAGGGACUGUAUUUCUCAGAAGCCCGGGUGAAUUGUAAUCUCUCUGAUUUCCUCAGAGAACCCGAUCUCGAUUUGUUGAAUCACUUCUACCCCUGCCAUCCCGCCAAGAUCCAGCCCUAUGCAGGAAUUCAUCCAGUCAUGAUUCAGGUGAAUGUCUUUGACUGUUCCGGGAUUGUUCUUGGCUUCUGCCUUUCACAUAAGAUUCUUGAUGGGAUAUCGACGAGUGCAUUUCUCAAAGGCUGGGCUGCUUGUGCUCAAGGCUGCUUUGAGAGCGUAUCCCCUACCUUCGAUGCGACAUCUUUGUUUCCACCAAGCGAUAAACUUCCCAUGGGCUCGAUAACUCUGCUGGGAAGAUCCAUGGUCAGAACAGGGAAUUGUAUUACCAGGAGAUUCAUCUUCAAUGCACCAGCAGUAGCAGCGCUCAAGAACAAAGCCGCCAUCAGCUCAGGCGUGAGGCACCCCUCCCGGAUUGAGGUUGUGAGCGCAUUGAUCUGGAAAUUCGCCAUGUCCGUUGCAGAAUCAAUUGCAGGUUCCAGGAGGCCAUCGAUACUGUCUCACGCAGUGGAUUUACGCAGAAGAAUGGUGCCGCCUUUGCCAGAAUUCUCCAUCGGGAACCUCCUCUGGAUACCAUACACAAAAUGCUCGGCCGAGGAAGACACAGAGCUGCAUUCCCUGGUUCUCAAGCUGAGGGAGACAUUCACAGGAAUUGAUGCUGAUUUUGUGAAGAAGCUGCAGAGUGGUGAAGGGGUGGAAAUAACUUGUGAGAAUGUGAAAGAGAUGGCUGAAUUAUACUCCAAAGGUCCAGUGGACUACUAUGGAUUCACUAGCUGGUCCAAAUUUGGGAUAUAUGACACUGAUUUUGGGUGGGGAAAACCCAACUGGGUGGGCAGCCACAAGAUAAGUGGACCAGUGUUCAUGAAUUUGAUUCACAUAAUGGAAACAAACGAGGAUGAUGGCAUAGAAGCAUGGAUAACCUUGGAUGGAACAGAGAUGGCCAUGUUACUUGAAGAUCAGGAGUUUCUUUCAUUUGCCUCUGUUGAUCCAAGUCCGCUCCUCUGAGGACCUUGUUUGCCAUUUUCUAUGUUCGUAGUUUUAUUGGUUUGAGAAAGACAAUUAAUAAUCUAUUCUCCUCCCAGUCCCAAGUUUUAUUGUUUUCAUUCAAGCCAGAGAGCAUUUUCUUUUAGAUAAUCAAAUUAAAAAGUAUUUUCUUUUUA